CCGUCAAGUGUCUGGCCCGGGGUUUUCUGUCCCGUUCUCUCCAUCUCUCCUCGUAUGUUCCCCCAUCCCUCCAUCGGGAAUUAUUAAUGUUUUUCUUCCUGUUUCUUCCUCAUGAGCGCUCUUUUGUUCCUGUUUGUACUAUAAUUUUACAUAAACACGGGGGGAGGGAAGAGAAGCUCUCCAUCUCUUCUCAGCCAACUGCUUCCCUCCCCUUUAAACGAGGAUGUAUUCCGCAGGCGAACCCGAUCUACCUUCCCCAACACCACCUGUGCAGACGUUGUCAACUUUCAAACCACCGGUGAGACCUGAUUUUGGUACUAUGGGUCGACCAAUCAAGUUACAGGCCAACUUCUUUGAAGUGGACAUUCCAAAAAUAGAAAUCUACCAUUAUGAUAUAGACAUAAAACCAGAUAAAUGCCCAAGAAGAGUAAACAGAGAAAUUGUUGAACACAUGGUUCAGCAUUUUAAAAAUCAGAUCUUUGGUGAUCGGAAGCCAGUGUUUGAUGGAAGGAAGAACCUCUAUACAGCAAUGCCUCUACCAAUAGGGCGAGACAGGGUGGAGCUAGAGGUAACUCUGCCAGGGGAAGGAAAGGACAGAAUCUUUAAGGUGGUGAUAAAGUGGGUGGCAUGUGUCAGUCUCCAAGCCCUGCAUGAUGCACUUUCAGGUCGUCUCCCAGCUAUUCCUUUUGAAUCUAUUCAAGCACUAGAUGUAGUGAUGAGACAUCUGCCCUCCAUGAGGUACACUCCUGUAGGCCGUUCAUUCUUCACACCAUCUGAGGGGUGCUCUAAUCCCUUGGGAGGGGGCAGGGAAGUGUGGUUUGGAUUUCAUCAGUCAGUCAGACCUUCAUUGUGGAAAAUGAUGCUUAAUAUUGAUGUAUCUGCUACAGCGUUUUAUAAAGCCCAACCAGUGAUUGAAUUCAUGUGUGAAGUUUUGGAUUUUAAAAAUAUUGAAGAGCAGCAGAAACCAUUAACUGACUCCCAGAGAGUGAAGUUCACCAAGGAGAUCAAAGGACUCAAAGUGGAGAUCACUCAUUGUGGACAAAUGAAAAGAAAGUAUAGAGUGUGCAAUGUUACCAGAAGACCAGCAAGCCAUCAAACAUUUCCACUUCAGCAGGAGAAUGGGCAGACUGUUGAAUGCACGGUAGCACAAUAUUUCAAGGACAAGCACAAACUAAAUCUUCGCUAUCCUCAUUUACCAUGUCUACAAGUUGGACAGGAGCAAAAACAUACGUAUCUUCCUCUUGAGGUGUGUAACAUUGUAGCUGGGCAGAGAUGUAUAAAAAAACUGACCGACAAUCAAACCUCAACCAUGAUUAGAGCCACUGCCAGGUCUGCACCAGACAGACAAGAUGAGAUCAGCAAACUGAUGAAAAGUGCGAGUUUUAAUGCUGACCCCUAUGUUCAGGAAUUUGGGAUAGGAGUGAGAGAUGACAUGACAGAUGUACCAGGUCGUGUUCUUCAGGCACCUUCCUUGUUGUACGGUGGUCGGAACAAGACAAUUGCUACCCCAAUUCAGGGUGUGUGGGAUAUGCGGGGAAAACAAUUUCAUACAGGCAUUGAAGUGAAAGUCUGGGCAAUUGCCUGUUUUGCUCCACAGAGGCAAUGCAGAGAAGAUACGCUCAAAGCAUUCACAGACCAAUUAAGGAAGAUAUCCAGAGAUGCAGGAAUGCCAAUACAAGGCCAACCUUGUUUUUGUAAAUAUGCUCAAGGUGCGGAUAGUGUGGAACCUAUGUUCAGGCACUUGAAGAAUACGUACGCAGGACUUCAGCUGGUAGUGGUGGUGCUUCCUGGUAAAACGCCAGUUUAUGCGGAAGUUAAACGUGUGGGUGACACAUUACUUGGCAUGGCAACGCAAUGCGUGCAGGUGAAAAAUGUGCUGAAAACUUCUCCUCAAACACUUUCCAAUCUCUGUCUGAAGAUCAAUGUUAAACUAGGUGGUGUCAACAACAUCUUGGUGCCACAAGGAAGACCUGCGGUAUUUCAGCAGCCAGUGAUAUUUCUGGGUGCAGAUGUAACACAUCCACCAGCUGGAGAUGGGAAGAAACCUUCCAUUGCUGCAGUGGUUGGUAGUAUGGAUGCUCAUCCAAGUCGUUACUGUGCCACAGUCCGUGUACAGCAACAUCGGCAGGAGAUCAUUCAGGACCUUGCUUUCAUGGUCAGAGAACUGCUCAUUCAAUUUUACAAAUCUACUCGCUUCAAACCGACACGCAUUAUAUUCUAUAGAGAUGGAGUUUCAGAAGGACAGUUUCAACAGGUGCUCCAUCAUGAGUUGCUAGCUAUUCGAGAGGCCUGUAUUAAGCUUGAAAAGGACUACCAACCUGGCAUUACUUUUAUUGUAGUUCAAAAACGGCAUCACACCAGACUCUUCUGUACCGACAAGAAUGAAAGGGUUGGUAAAAGUGGCAAUAUUCCAGCAGGCACAACGGUGGAUACAAAAAUAACGCACCCAUCAGAAUUUGACUUUUACCUGUGCAGCCAUGCUGGCAUUCAGGGGACAAGCAGACCAUCUCACUACCAUGUUCUUUGGGAUGAUAAUCGCUUCAAUGCAGAUGAACUUCAGAUCCUCACAUAUCAACUUUGUCACACGUAUGUCAGAUGUACGCGGUCAGUGUCCAUCCCAGCUCCAGCCUAUUACGCUCAUUUGGUAGCUUUCCGUGCCAGAUACCAUUUGGUGGACAAGGAGCAUGACAGCGCUGAAGGGAGUCACACAUCUGGCCAGAGCAAUGGCCGGGAUCAGCAGGCUUUGGCUAAAGCAGUACAGGUUCACCAGGACACUCUGCGCACUAUGUAUUUUGCUUGACAGGUGUCCUCAGUUGGGAUUUCUGAACAGAGCCGGGCUAAGACCAGACCGGCUGCAUUUUCCAGGCAGUGUAGUGACGAACGUGCAGUUAAUGUGUUUCUGUUGCUGUGUACAUUGCGGUACCUUGCAGGUCUCUUUCAGCUAUGAGGUAAAAUGUGACCUGGCUGUUAAUGUAUGAAUCAAAUCACCUGUAAAUCUUUCUUUGAACAGCAACAACAGGGAAUAUUAGGAGGCUUGUAAUAGAUGUCUUGAUAUAUAUAGUCACGAAUUGAAGUUAAAUAACUGCAACUUAAUCUUGUUAGUUAAAACUAGACUGGAGGCUGUUGUAGGUAGAACAAGAAAAUAUAUAUUUGGUGGAAACAUUAUAAUAUGCUGCAGCAGCAUAUUUAAUGGUGGUUGUUUAGGACUGCAAAAUUGUGGAAGAAUUUUAAGGAUGGUUUGAGUCUUUAAAGACAUAGUAAUCCCGACUGUUGGCUUCAAAUGGCAGAAUUUUGAAACUCGGAAUUGAACAUCAACAGCAUUCCUUUUAUUAUAUCUGGAGUUUUAUCCAGUGAAUUCAGUGAAGACUACUGUAAUACAGUACUGUGAAGCACGGCCAUCUUGAGUGGGUAUGGGGAAAAAGUCUUUUAACACUGAAAGCAAGUUUAUGAAGAACUAGUGCUUUUCCUUUUUGUGCAGGCAAUAUAUUGUAUCGGUUUGACUUUCUCAGUUCUGAGAUGUCAUCUAUGACUAUUAACAGAAGGAAUGCAGUCUCUUUUUAAGAUGUGUUUAGUAGAAAAUAUUGGUGUGCGCGUUUGAAGCAAUUAAUCUUUGGAGACAAUCUAUAAAACAUAACAAGAACAGAUGGGCACUACUAUUUUAUAUAUCGAGCUCUUAAUAUUUUUGUAAGAUGCUGCAAUUGUUUAGUUCUCAGAUCUCGAGACGAUACAUUAGUGAUGCAAAAGUGACAUUUUUAUGCUGUGGUUGUCUGUUCAGCCACUCCUGUGGCUUGGCAUCAUGUCAAUAUAAGGGUUACCAUGACUAUCACUUCAUCAAUUUGAAUUCAGUUAGUACAGUCAGUCAGAUAAGAACUAUCGAAAUUGAAACUUUUUAGCAUGAAGUAAAUUUUAACUACCUCGUGGUUAUUCUCGUGCAGCAAAAACAGAAUGAGGACAUGCCGCUGUUAUGUUGGCAAAGCAGUUCAAAGAUGGUGCUAGAUUUUUGCCACGAGGCAAGCAUUUUUGUAAUGGUAGUCAUCUAAUUGAUGUAAAUUAAUUCCUGGAUUAAAAUCCAUCCCAAGAUUGAAGCCAAACCUUUUUAUGAAUAUAUAUAACAUCUUUUCAGUGGCCUAUAUGCACUUCUGACUCAAAGCAUUGUAUAAAGUAUCCAGUUUUAUAUACCUCAACCCUUCAAAUGUUCAAAUCUCUUGGAAGGCACAACCAGCAUAAAUUACAGUGUUAACAACUUACAUGUGGCCAUGAAUAAAAACCAUAUUUUACAUAGAUCUUCAGGAUAAACUUUUGCGUUUGAAGUUAAGUAAUAAACAUGAUAUAGAUAUAGGUAAGUCUAUUGCAGAAAUGUUCGAUAAAUUGUUUUCAACUGUUUCUGUAUUUGGCUACUUGGUAUGUUUGUAUACAAGGAUGGUAAUGUUGCAAAUUGCAUUACAAAAAUGGGCAUAUUUUGCCAAACAAGUCUUCAAUAUUUUUUUAAGAUCUUUUAUUUAUGAAAUGUCUACAGAAAAAGUAAUGAGCUAUGCUUCUAAAAAAAAAUGGCAAGUUACAUGUUCUCCUAAUGCUUCUUAUGGAAUCAUAUAAUUCUUUUCUACUUAUUUUAAAACAGUUUGAGGAAUGGAUGUAGCAAAGGACACAGUAAGUGUAUCAAUUUUCAAUCCUGAAAUAGUUCUAAUGAGACCUCUGAAUAGUUGUGAAAAAUCUGUGCAAGUACAGUAAUGUCUUUGUGACAUUCAGUAGUUACAACACUAACGCAUUCAAUUUUCCUACUUGGGAUACCCACAUUCAAGGCUGAGUCUCAACUGACAUAUCUAUUUAGGUUUCCUGCCAAUCAACAGUUGUGUGAAUUGGCUGAUAAAGGAGAGGGGAUCCUUUUCAGAAAGAUUGAAUAUAGCUAAUUAGUUCAUUGGCCAAAGAACAUGUACUAAUGUCCAUGAAAAUCCCCAUGGUGGAUUGCAAUGUAAUUUCAAAUAUGCAGGGCGACCAAUCUGGCAAUUAAAAUAAGUGACAAUAUAGCAAGUAGUAACAGCAUGACGAAUACUCAGGGCUUUAAAGACUGCACUUCUUUUACAAUGAUGAAAUACUAUGUCAGAAUUAGGAAGGAUGUUUAUAAAAGCUUAAUCAUGGAAAUAAGGGAUUAUUUCAUUGGAAUAGAGUGAGCUGAUGUUAGAACUUAAUCCCUUCUAAGCAUACUGAAAUCAGCAUGAUAAUCUGAUGAAGCAGUAGUUGACAUUCAUUUAAUUUUGUGUUUAAGUGGAUGAUUGAGCUUCAAAUUUAUAGACCAGACAGAAGCUCUGAACCAAAGGUUUAUCUUAUUUGAGCUGCUCUGUUUAUUGAUUGAGUUCAAGGAAAAGUUUAAUUGAAAAAUCUUCAAUAACAAUGUUCCAUUGUAUUUCAAAUUGUUUCAUUCCAUCUAAUGGGCAGCACAGUAGUUGGCACUGCUGCCUCUCAGCACCUGGAAUGUGGGUGACUGUUUGUGUGGAGUUUGCACAUUCUCCCCACGUCUGCAUGGGUUUCCUCUGGGUGCUGCAGUUUUCUCCCACAGUCCAAAGAUGUGCAGGUCAGGUGGAUUAGCCAUGUUAAAUUGCCCAUAGCGUCGAGGGAUAUGCAAAGUGGGUGGAUUAGCCAUGGAAAAUGUGGGGUUACAGGGAUAGGGUAGGGGAUGGUCUGGGUGGGAUGCUAUGUGGAGAGUUGGUGGACUCAAUGGGCCAAAUGACCAGCUUCCACAUUGUAGUGAUUCUGUGAUUCUAUCUGUUCUGCUUUUUAUUAACACAUUGACUAAUGCACUUAUUUGGUGACUUCCAACUCAGCUUAUUUUGUAAUCUGUUUUAAAAAAUAAAUUCACAAGCAAAUUAUGGCAGCUUUACAAAUUACAUAGCCAUACAUAGUUAUACAUAGCCAUAAAUCAUUAUUUCUUUUUGCAUUUUUUUCAUCAUUGCCUACAGUUGGAUGAGUAGGUUGGGCUGUUUAUUUAGAACUGGACAAUCCUUAGAUACGUAUCUCUGUUCUGCUUUUUGGGGCAGAUUUGGUUAUUAAAGUGUCCUUAGCUAUUAAGCAAUCUCUAACCAGCACUACAAAAAGUUUACACCUUGCUUCAAAGUUAUGGGUGCUACUGUGAACUGGCCCCUAUAUUCUCUGUUCUUGUGCUAUACAUUGACAGUCAUAACGACAAUAAAUCUGAGACAAUGAAUAACAAUAAAAUGCUGUGAUCAAUGGAUAGCAGCAGCUCUUUGUGAAAAUGUAUUGCAGUCACUGCCAUUUGAGAAAUAAUUGGUGCUGCAAUUGGCUGAUUAAAUCUGCCUUAUUAGUUACUGCCAUUGGUGGCCAACAUUCAACUGGGAUAAUUAUUCUGGUAAUCUGUUUUUAAAAAAAAAAUUGUAGAGAAGCAGCUAGAGUGUAAAACAGUGUAGUAUUUUAAGCAUGUAGCAGAAUUCACCAUGGGAAUUUUAAAAACCAUUAGCAUUUUUAUUGUAAAUGUACUUGUGCAUAAUUGAGAAAUAUUAAUGCUUGUAAAUAAUUUUGUAAACUUCAAUGUAAACAACCCAGUAAACUAAAAAAAACUAAUGACAAAGUUAAAAUGAUAUCAGUUCACUGCAGAAUUUUCUUUUGUAUUUCUUUCUUGUAAGAUGCCUGCCAGCUCUUGGCUGUGACAGUUAAGAAGCAUAGUGACCUCUGAGGUAUAUUAAAUAAGCACCUGUAAGUUAGUGAGGUUACUGUCUUUGUGAACACUAUGUACUGUCUCUCUUUUGAGAGUCUUCAUACGAAGGACAAUAUCCAGCCUGCGUGGCCUUUCUUCAAAACAAAAAUCAUCUUUUCUCAAAAUGCCCAUGCUUUUGUAAAGGAUAUCUUUAUAUAUUGCAAUUUCUAGCUUCAGUAGCUCCACUGCAUGACAUAUUUGUAAUUUCAAGCAAUGUGUGAAACAUACUUAUAGCGCACUUUUCACAAGGUUUGCUGAGGUGCUAAAAAUAAGCUGCAUCUUGUAUGUGUUGCAAGAGAAUUUUUGUGCUUUGUUUUCUAGUCUUAUCCACCCAACUAAUGCGUACUAAUAUACUAGAAAUAUAUAAUAGUGAAUGCCCAGGAAAUGUACUCUUAUCUCACAAGAUUUAACUUAUCUAUAGCCGAAAUCCACUGUCAACAAUGAAAACACCCAAGGAUAUUAGCAAUAAAGGCCUUUCUUUUGUAUUUUCAAAGGUUUAAACUUUUAGAUUAAUAUAUUGAAGUCGCUGUAAUUCUAAGUGAAAAGUUGACAGUGUCUAAAUUAUAAACUUGGAAAUCUGACUUUUAUUUAUCUGACCAAUCUUGUUUGUUCUACACGAUGCUUCAGUAAAAAUAGUCAAACCCUUUACUUUCCAAUAGAGUAAAUACAGAGUUUGAAUAUUGCUGAUGGGAGAGGCAGGUUGUCAGAACCUCUUUUCGUGUUGUCAUCGGGGCAGUUGCUAGAAUGUCUACUUCAAACAAUCACAAUUUGCAGGAAGAAGGAAUGUUGAUUGGUUGACUUUAAUUAGUCAAUGCGUUGUCAUUGAGAAAGCAACAGGGGACUAUAGACCUAUAAAGCUCCCAGGAAAUUUAGAAGGUGCAAGACGUAAAAUAUUUCUUUAAUAUGCAGAUAACUGGGAUAUAGUCAGUCAAGCUGGUAAUGUGUUUAACUUAAAAUUGUUAAAACUAACAUACAUUCACUCGUUCUCUGCAAACGAAAGUCAAUUGGCGAAUCAAUGAGUGUUUCCUAAAUGUUUUAAAUUAUGCAUUCUUACAUUUCUCUGAAUGAGUGUAGAUGAAAAUUUUCAGAAACAUGUCCGUAUUUUAAAUAAAAGGUAAAUUAUUCUGACAUUCAGUGGAAAUAAAAUUUAGUGCUAAUUUGGGAUCAUCCUAAUGGCAUACUUUAAUUUUGAGAAGCAAUGGCAACAAAUCUUUUCUGAAAUGUAGAGAAAUAGAGGAGUCCAUUUAUGAUCCUGGGAUAAGUCCACUUGAAGAUCCCAAGGCUAUACUAUGUAGAAUGUAUACAGCCUUGUGUUAUAUUACUAAUGUUAACAUAUAAGAUGACAUCAUCUUUGACCUUGCUGUGAUUUCUAUUCUUUGUAGUUGAAUAAUUUUGCAUUGGGGUUUUUGCUGGUUGUCAUUUGAGAAACUGGUAGUCUUGCAGAUAGGUCUAGAUCUUGUGCUUUCUGCUCUGUUCAGAACCAUCGUGCUGCCAGUUUUGAUUCGGUUUGUGAGCUUAAGCAUUGAGUUAUUGAUCUGUCAUUUCCUCCUAAAAGCUUUAAAGUUUAUUAUGUUGAUGCAAGACAAAUCAGAUUGUGUAGUAGCAGAGUCAUCAUCUAAAACCUCCAAUCUGUUUGUUUAGAAAAUACUAUUUUUUAAGAAGGUUUGAGCAGCCAAACCAUGUUAAGCAGAUUGUCCAUAACAUGUCACUGUACACUUAAAGAAGAAAAACUAAUGCAAAAGACAUAUCCUCAAUCAAGCUAUCAUGCAAAAACGAAAAGGUGCUUUGGAAAUAUCCAAAAUUCAGAAAUAAUCUGAAAUGUGUCAACUGUCUUCUGUUUGCCUCCAAUGAAAAUGAACCUACCAAAACAUUGGAAAACAAACUGUAAGACCACUUAAGGAAUUAAUGAUGUUUCACAGACUGUUAUAUUUGUUUAAAUGAUCACUUUAAAUCUUGAAGUAAAACUACAAUUUGUGAUAUUUCAUAGAUUUAUUACUUCUGUGAGGGAAUAGAAAGUGAACUUGGUGCCAAGAUGGCUGUGCAACAUUGUGUACACUUCGGCCUCCCUUUUAUUACUUUGGCCUCUACUUUCAUCGAAAUGUGGAUCAAAUUUCUGUAUUAAUGCUUAGUAAACUGCUUUAAUAUAAGUUAUUAUCAUACUGCACAAGAAGGAGACAAAAGACAUUUAGAUUUUUCAUCUGUAUUGAGGUCACCUUGACCUACUAUUUCUGCCUCAAAACCACAUAGGCCAUUCCCAGCCAAACCUUCCCACUGGUAGAUUGAGUGAUUUAUAUUUUCAAGUUUGAGGAAGAGACACUGACAGCUGGGAAAAAAAAACUGGCUGUUGUUUGCAUUUUUCUUUUGUUUCCCAAUCCUGACCCAUGCUCUUGAAUCUGGACCUACCUCAAUACAUUUGUUGGUUGCUGCAACUUUAAUUAAGAAAUGGCAUAUUUCCCUGGUUCAAAAAAAUGAAGACCAAAAGAACAUUUCAAAACGUACAUCCUAGUUUUUAAAAAUUAAUUUUAAAAUGGUGCAAAGUUAGGCAGACAGUUCUGUUUUCCUCGAAAGUUGAUGAUAGUGCUUUAUUUUGUUCUUUGUGCCUUGUGUAAUCAUCCCAUUGCAUGUCAAAAUCUGCUGGCAGGCUUAAAUAGCAGUGUAUGACUAUACUGUACGUAAACUGCUUAAAUGAACAAAAUAGGUUGAAAACUUAAUAUAUUUUGAGAAAAUGUAAAGCAUCGUUAUUUAUGCUGCAUAGAAUGAUCAGUAUUGUUGCACUUUCUCAGCAGUCACUUAUGCCAUAUGACGGCUGUUUGCAGGAAAAACGAGGUGAUCGGGACAAUGGUUUUGAAGAGAGAAAAAAUGCUACUUGUAAAUCCUUAAUACAAAAGAGGAUUUAAAAUAUUUUCAAGUACCUCAAAAGCCUGACAUAUGCUGCAUUGAUAAAGUUUUGAGUAUUCUUUGUUUUGCUUUUUUUUGUUUUGAAUUGCACAAACUCAUCUACCUUCUGUAACUACUGCAUUUUAAGAUGUUGGCUUAUUUCCUUUUUUUGGGCACUGGUAGAAUUGGGCACAAAGUGGACUUCCAGUAAAUUUUUUUUCAUGCUUUCAUGUUUUAAUCUAGGGUGGUUUUGAUCCUGAAUGCAAAUCGUUUUAAAAAUAUUUUUAACCAGCACAAGUGAGGUUUGUUACCUAACCUAGUGUUUGUGGUCCAUUUGCGCUUGAAUGAGCAGUUUACACUCCUGUGGCAAUGAGGAUUUGCAUUGCUUGCAGUUUGUUUUACUAAUGCUGUGUAAAUACUUCCUGUAGGUUAAAUUUGUCCAUUCCUUUUUCAGUCAAUAUUUUUAAUGAGGUGAAUAACUAUGCUGUAAACAUUUGACAAAAUAUGAUGUACAAGUAUCAUUAUAUGAGUUUGUGAAUCUAAGAUAUCAAUUUUUUUUGACUAGGAGUAUGGUAUGAUCAUUUUCUUAACAAAUAAACUUCUGUAUCUUUAACUACUUGCCCACAAGUGGUAAAUUAGUUUUAGUUAUACUGUCUUCUGUUUUCCCAGCCCUCACUCAAAAGUACUGCAACUAUACAAUCUCACCAAGAAAACUGCUGCAUAUCAUGCACCAUGUUACAAACUCAGUUUUGUGUAAAAUAAAAAAAUUGCCAUUUCCUGAAAGUGUCCUUCUAUCUAACUCGUACUAUGCCUUAGUUUUUGUAUGUUCUAAAAUAUAAAUCCUUUAAACAUUCCUUAUGCAGCCAACAGCAUGGUUUUAAUUCCUGCUGAGGUUAUCAUGAAUGGCCCUUCUUCUCAACUUCUCCCCUCACCUGAGCCUAGUAACACUCUGGUUAAACCACUACUAGUCAUGUCAGUCUACGAAGAGCAACUCUGUGGUCCUCUGGGACUAUAGUGACUUUACAAUGACUUUUUUUUAAACAUA